GUGCCGUCUUGGCUGUAGUCGAGGCGAGCGGGACGUGGAAUCAGCCGGGCGCAGCAGCCGCCGAGCCGGUGCCGGGAAAGACGGAUCGCCAGGCGCCCCGCCAUUCGUAGGAGAACGAGCGGGCGUUCCUGGUGGGAAGGGGCAAGGCGGGCAGGCUUCGGGUGCCCGCUGUCGGUCAAUCCGAGUGCCGCCUCCGCCACCCCAGACGACGCUCCCCAUGCCCCUCCACGUCUGACCCGGCGCAGAUCGGAACCGGGGGGGGGGAGGCUAGACGGUCCCCUAGCCCUCCUCCCCGCCACCCCCGGAGCGAAGCCGGCCCUGCAGGACCUCGGACAGAAGCCCAGCCUGCCUGAGAGGCGCGUACUGCGGUCCGAAUCUUACGCAGUCAAUGCAGUGGCAUAGGGGAGAGGGUGUUUGAAGCAGAGACCACCACCCCUCCCUACCCCAGCCAGUGCUGACAGCAGGCUGACGGCUCCCAGCCGCUCUGUUCAGCUGGCCUCCCUCCCUCCACUUGCACCAUGGGCACCGUCUUGUCCCUUUCCCCCAGUUACCGGAAGGCAACCCUCUUUGAGGAUGGCUCGGCUACAGUGGGGCAUUAUACGGCUGUCCAAAACAGCAAGAACGCCAAGGACAAGAGCCUCAAGCGACACUCCAUUAUCUCGGUGCUACCCUGGAAACGCAUUGUGGCUGUGUCGGCCAAAAAGAAGAACUCCAAGAAGGUGCAGCCCAACAGCAGUUACCAGAACAAUGUCACCCACCUCAACAACGAAAACCUAAAGAAGUCCCUCUCCUGUGCCAACCUUUCCACUUUUGCCCAGACCCAGAGCGCCCAGCCUCCAGCCCCCAACAACCAGAUUUCUAGCUCCAAGAGCACCCUCUCUUCCAUCAAGAAGACCCCCCACCCCAACUCCAACACAUCUGGCACCCCCAAAAGGGUCAUCGUCCAAGCUUCAACCAGUGAGCUGCUGCGGUGCCUGGGCGAGUUCCUCUGCCGACGGUGCUACCGACUGAAACAUCUGUCCCCCACUGACCCUGUCCUGUGGCUCCGGAGUGUUGACCGGUCCCUUCUUCUGCAAGGCUGGCAAGACCAAGGCUUCAUCACCCCAGCCAAUGUGGUGUUUCUGUACAUGCUUUGCCGGGACGUCAUCUCUUCUGAAGUAGCCACAGACCACGAACUUCAAGCCGUCUUACUGACCUGCCUCUAUCUCUCCUAUUCCUAUAUGGGCAACGAGAUCUCCUACCCUCUCAAGCCCUUCCUGGUGGAGAGCUGUAAGGAGGCCUUUUGGGAUCGCUGCUUAUCCAUUAUUAACCUCAUGAGUCCCAAAAUGUUGCAGAUCAAUGCCGACCCACACUACUUCACACAGGUUUUUGCUGACCUGAAGAACGAGAGCAGCCAGGAAGAGAAGAACAGGCUGCUCAUUGGUCUGGACCGGUGAGCUUUGCUCACUGCUGUUGGGAUGAGGGGAAAACAGUAUAUAUUCCUUCUAUGUUGUUUUUGUUUUCAAAACAAACCAGAACACAAAGGUGAGGCUGGGCAGGCCUGAGAGAGGAUACCAAGCCGCCAGCAUCCUUCUCCACUGUGAUUGGCUUGGCUUCUUAGGAGGCAAAAAGUAAAAAAAAUAACAAAUGAAAACAAAGCAGUAGUAGUAGUGAUGGGCUUGCCUGUUUGGUUUUCUAUCUCACUGCAUGUGGCAGCCUGUGGCUUUCUCUUAACUCAUUGUAAACAAUGAGAGGGUGAACAAGGAGUGCAGAAGAACCAAGGACGGCCAUUGCAAGACCAUGGCAUCCCUUCACCCCUUACUUUUGCCUCAAAGAUCUGUGAACUGGGGAGAAUCCACCUUGCACUUCUUCAUUCCUCACCGUGGACUGCGAAGGAGGAGAAACAGCAUAUAGUGUCCUCAAGAUGAAACCGAGGUCCAGUCCAGUGGAUGUUCCAGCGCCUGGUGUUCCAGAAAAAGGGAUCAACAAAUGAGAUUGUCUUUUUUCUUUCUUUUAAACUUAAUCACCUUGCACACCAAUUUGAGCAAAAUGACACCAAAACAGUAUUGGCCGCCAAAAUGGGCCCCGAUUGCAUGAAAACAUGUGGCUACACUGAGAAUCAGGAGGCGUGAGAAAGGAGAAGGCAGACAUACAUACACUACAUGGACAUGCCCUUUGAUAUGGCUCCUCUAUCACCUAUACCACCCCCUUUACUGGGGGUCAACACUGUGUGCUCCAUGGGUUCCCUAUACAUCAGUGCCAAAGGGUAAAGGUGAGAUUGGAGUCAUUUCCUGUUUAAAAGUACUCAAGAAAAAUAAUACAAGGUAGCCACUAUGGAACGGGGACUGACAUUAAAGAUGGCCCCAAGGGAUGCACACUCAUCGAGUAUUAAUUGUGCUGGCAGGUUAGUUGGGUGGGUGUUUUAAUAGGUUUGAGGGUGGGUUUGUUUGUUUUUUUGGCAAAUUAGCUGUUUCAGAAAAGAGUGACUGUGAUUCUGUGAGGCCUUCGGAACAGCUGGAAGAAUGGUCCUUUUUCAAGUUAAUUUUACAGGAAAAUGUAAGAAUCAUGCCAGUUACAUUGUCAUUAACUAACAUUAGCUGGUUAUCAUAUGUAAGAUUUGGUGCUGAACCCCAAUUUAUGACUGAUAUUCUUUAUUGUGUAUUCCUCCUGUCCCAUUUAGGAUGGAAAAUUCCUUGGCCUUUAUUUAGCUAGCAAGCCAGCCAUCUUAAUAUUUUAUGGGGGAGGGGAAGAAUGAGGGAUCCAAUGAAUAAUAUUAAUAAUGAAAUCUAUAGUUCACACUAUAAUUGUAAGAACAGAUUAUGACUAAAGAUAUUUGGUAAUAUAAAACUGAAGCAUAUACAAAAUAUACAUAUAUUUAGUAUAUUCUGUAGAAUUAUAUUGCAAGUAUUUCUUUUUAGUCACAAGACCAUGGAUUUUUCCCCAUUUUAUUUUUGUUUUUGCCAGCACCUAAGAUUUUCAGUGGUUUUUCCCAUUCCUGGCACCUAAACAUUUGACGUAGUCUCCUCAAAAAAUUGAUCCUGAUACUUAGAAAUUUGAUUUUGAUUGGACUUCUGCUUCUCAAAAAAAGAAGAGUUUCAAAUCUUUCUGAUCAGCUAGCUUCAGGGAUGAUAAAUGUAUAUAAAAAGUAUGUAUGGGGGAAACCAAAAGAUACACUGAAUUUUGCUCAGUUAACGACAUGGUGUAUUAGUCCAGGUCUUGGAUUCUGCUGAAGAUAUGAACUUCCUUUACUAUGGAGGUCAUCUUCUCUGUUUUAAGUUCUCACAGGCUGGGCAUUAGGGGGACAAAAAGUGAAUACACUAUGGGUGUUAAGCUAUUGAACAAAAGGCCAAGUUAGAAAUAUUCUAGGGUGUUCUUCUGAUCCUGGUGUUAUGGAUGCUGGCAUUCUAGCGGGAAGAAUAUUGUACUUGAUGUUGCGAAUAGGGUCACUUGCAAUUAAUUCAAAGCAGCAGAGCACUAUUAAAAAUGUAGGAGGAACAGAAAAAGCUGUGAAAUUUUGAAAAGGUCUAAGCUGAGAGGCUCGAGGUAGACAGGAACUGAGAUCUUGUGAAUAUUAAACAGCUGCUGGGUUUGCUACGCAGGUCCUGCUAUCACCUCCAAAGCUAGGCCAAAAUCUGAGCCAUUUAAAAGCGAGACACUGACUGUUAAGCAUAUGUUUGGAUUCAUAGCAGGAAGGAGAGCCUUAGUAUCCCAAGGGGGGGCUUUGGGUCCCCAUAGUGAAUGGGGAAAUGGGAGGGUGUAUAGAUCUCCAUUGCAUGACCAUUUUGCUGCUCUAAAAUGGAUGGCACAUAUAUCAUUUCAGUCUCCAUUAUCAACUUCAGUGUUCCCUGCUCAGCUAUUUUGCUGACUCCUGGGACACCUUAAAGGCUCAGACUAAAUUCUAGUCUGUCUCUGGAUAAAUUAUUCUCCUACCCCUUUUUUCUUAACCCUCCUCCUUUUCUUUUUCAAAUAUAAAAGGGAAAAUCAAGUUUUUACUCAUAUGGUUCUGAAAGGUUAUAGCUGCAAUCCUAUGCAUGUUUAGCUGGGAGUAAGCCCCACUGAACACAACGAGACUGACUUCUGAGUAAGCAUGCAUUGGAUUGCCAUGCACAGGAAACAAACGGCUGUAUUCAUUUGUGUGAAAAACUGUCUUGUUCUCUUUAGAAUCCUGGAUCCAAUGUAUUUAUUGGAGUUUUUGUAAUAGGAAAAAUAUCUACUGAUAUACUUGAGUACGUAAGAGCAACGAAUGGGAUUUUAACCUGCUGCUAUAUGAAACGACUCCUUUUAAAACAAAAUCUAUGCUAACUGCAGAAGGGAGUGGGGGUGGGGGGAGGACCUUCUUUUGUUCUUUCUUCAUUGCUUUACAGUGAUGUUGUGCAUGCCCAAAAGCAGCAUUGUGCAUCUUUUGACAAAAGGCAAAACCUUAGACGAGCUGAUUAUAAAAAAAGAACAAAAUAAGUCACCAUGCACAAAUUUCAAGCACAUCACCCCCCUUGCUGUCAAACAGACCCCCUAGGUCCUUCAAAUCAAUAUAUUUUCAUCUCAAGACUUCUAGAUCUUUUCUAAUCUUAAAUGUACACAGUUCUUAAGAGUUUAGCUGUGCUAUAAACCAUUGUUAAUUUUUUUUUCAAAAGAAAAAAACCUGAAAGAAAAAAAUGUGCCAUUUUUUCACUUGAAAUUCUACAUACCUGUACAUUGGAGAGGGGAGAGACAAACAGAAAACCUGCUAAAUUCUACAUGUCUGUGUAUGUUAAAGUUUUUGGUUUUUUUUAGUGUGCAAUCUCUUCUGUAGAUAUUUGUUGACCAAAAUUGGUAUUAUUGCUUAUUAUGACUUAAAUUAAUUUAUAAAUUGUCUUUUUGUAUGUAUGUGUAUUAUAGUGAGUUUGUAAGUAUGUGAGGUUUAUAAAUAUGACAAGACUGUCACAGAGCUGUGUGUGCCUGUAACUUAACGCCCCCUUAUUUUUAUUUAUUUUUGUA